UCGUUGCCACGAUCAUCUGCGCAGGUGCAAUAAUCACUUCCGGUCUGUAAGAAUUUAGCAGAAAGAUUGAAAUUCGUUCGAUUUUCCUGAUUGAAUUUGAAGUUAGUUGUUCAAUUCCUGGUAGAUCUACAUUUGUUUUUGAAAAGUAAAUUCUGAAAGGAUGGCUGAAACAAUGGACACAGAGGGGUGUGAGCAGGUGGAUAGUAACAGUAUGUAUGGAACACUUGCAGCUUUUAACAUUGAUAAAAAGAUUGGAAAGGGGCAGUUUUCAGAAGUUUACAGAGUGAUAUGUAAAGCUACGGGAAAUGUUCUGGCCCUAAAGAAAGUGCAGAUAUUUGAAAUGAUGGAUGCAAAGGCCAGGCAGGAUUGUAAGAAGGAAAUUGAUCUCUUAAAGCAAUUGAACCAUCCAAAUGUAAUCAAGUACCUUGAAUCAUUCAUUGAAGAUAAUGAGUUAAACAUUGUGCUGGAAUUAGCUGAUGCUGGUGAUCUCUCCAGAAUGAUUAAACAUUUUAAGAGGCAGAAUAGAUUGAUUCCAGAGAAAACAAUUUGGAAAUAUUUCAUUCAGAUAUGUAGUGCCCUAAAUCACAUGCACUCCCGACGUAUUAUGCACAGAGACAUUAAACCGGCCAACGUGUUUAUCACAGCUCAGGGUGUUGUAAAAUUGGGAGAUCUCGGUCUCGGGAGAUUUUUCAGCUCUAAAACAACAGCUGCUCAUUCAUUAGUGGGUACACCUUACUACAUGUCACCAGAAAGAAUACAUGAGAAUGGUUAUAAUUUCAAGUCUGAUAUAUGGUCACUAGGUUGUCUCCUAUAUGAGAUGGCAGCUUUACAAUCUCCAUUCUAUGGUGACAAGAUGAAUCUAUACUCUCUGUGUAAGAAGAUAGACAAAUGUGAUUACCCACCUUUACCCUCUGAUGUUUACUCUGAACAGUUACGGAAGUUGGUAGCCAUUUGUAUCAACCCUAUACCAGAACAGCGACCUGACAUCUCUUAUGUGUAUAGUGUGGCCCAGCAGAUGCAUGCUCACUUCCAGGGUCAGGUUCAACAACAACAGCAAUUCAUGCAACAACAGCAACAACAACAACAGUUCCAGCAGCUGACACCAGAGCAACAACAACAGAUGUUAUCUCAACAACAACAACAGAAUAUUCAAGUUGUAAAUGCUCAGCAGUUAACCCCUCAACAACAAAUGUUGCUUCAGCAGCAGAUGCAGCAACAACAGCAACAGCAAUACCAGCAGCAACAGCAGGCUCUUUUGCAGCAACAGUUGUUGCAACAACAGCAACAAGAGCAACAACAAACAACAUAAAAGUGUUGUUCAAGACAAGAACUGUGCCAAAUGAAUGGUCAAUUUUAGUCAUAACUGUGAUUUUACUGACACAUGCACCGCACAUAGCCAACAUCAUCUGUGUUUCCACUAGAGGACUGUAUAAAGAAAUCAGAUGUGUUUCAUUCUCGUCGGAAAUCCAGGCUCUGAUGUUAUUUUUUUAUUUGAUAUCUCAAAGCUAUGAAUAAUCAUAGUGAUGUAGGUACAUGGUAAUGUUCUACAUAAGAUUUUUCAGGCAUUGAACAAAAAGCAUGCUAUUAUACAAAAAAUUUGAACAAUGCACUUGUUAAGUUUGUCUAUGUUGCCACAAAGAAAUGUCAUGAUAUGUAAAAAACACAGCUGUAACUGCACAUUAACAUGUUAAAUACUUUUGUUGCACAGAAACCAUCAGUCUGUAGAUUUUUUAUUGUACCAUCUAUACACAACACAACCAGCUGGGUAUGUUACCAUGUCAAUGAAUGAAAAAAAUGUAGUCAUGUUUUGCUGUACACAAAUGCACAUACUGUACAGAAAGUCAGCAUAACUUAUCACAUGGGUCUAUGAGUUAUACAGAAUACUAGCAAUUAUUUUGUGUGUUUAAAAUCCAUGCACUGCACAUGCCAACAACAUAACUUGUGUUGUUUUUUUCAUGAGAAAUUCACACUAUACAAAGAAACUGUUAAUCUAUAUAUCUUUCUUAUGCACUGCGCUCACACCUUAUGCGUUCCAAUAUUUUAAAUAAGUUUUACUUGAAAGGGGAUUGACUUAAUUCAUUUUCCUUCAUAUGCAAGUCUUGAAUUCAGAGUGGACAUUUUUUGUGUCUAUAUUUUAAGUAAGCUUGCAUUAACAAGUCAUAUGCUUUUUCAUCUAUUGUAAGUAUAUCGUGAAAUAGCUUAAUGGAUCAAAUCGGGUAUUAUCAUUCAUCAAAUAAAUUUGUGAAUGAUGACAUUUGUACUUUACGCAGUUUUUUCUUGUGACUUAAGGAAAUUUUAUUUUACUUUACAUAUUUUGGCUGUGUAGCUUCUUGAGGGACACCAUGACCCAUUGAAUAAUAUUGGGGGACUUUUGAAGUUAUAAAGGGUCAUGAACAAUUUUUAUGUUAAAACACAUGAUCCUUUUUGUAAGCCUAGAUUUUACAAGCUUCUGUAGAUUUAAAGAACUACAAAUUGUAGAUUUUGUUGAAAAAUGUAAAUUAUCUUUAUACCCUCAUAUGAAUUAAAGAGUUUCUGAAACAAAAUUUUCAUCGCAGACAGAAUUGUUUUAUGAAGUAUGCUCUUUGAUGUAUUUAAAGGUUAUAAAAUAAACAAAGUCUAGAACCAGUCACAUAGUUCAUCACCUGAUUGGCUUAUUUUAAAAGCAUAGAUUUGAAAUGAACCAAUGGGUGAGAUGUUAUUUUUAGACCAGUUAUCAGCCAAUGAUUUUUUUGUAAAUAUGCCAAUGAAUAAUGCAUAAUCUGAUAUAGGCAGGCCUAUAUGUCAUUUAUCCAUUCCUUCACAUGUUUGUCCCAUGUAUUUAAACACAUUGACACAUACUAUAAUAUGUUUUUUUUUCCACAAGAUAAUGUUUACUGAAUGAAAAUUUUCGUAUAAUCUCACAUUGAUGUAGUUUUUGCAGUUGAUAAUGUAUAUCCACAUUAACAGUUGAAUAUCAUGGAAUCACUUUUUUGGGGGAUUACAUUGUAUUGUUUUCAUUUCAAUUUCAUGUUUGUGUCUUAAAUUUAAGAGUAAUUUUUUGUAUCUUUAAGUGUUGAAAACCUGAUUUUUGUUUUAGUUUCAAGGAAUUAACAAUAUUAAUAAGUUUGAAAAUUCUAUAUAUGAUAUUAUCUUUUUGCUAUGUAAUUGAUUGAAAAUGUUUACAUUAUUACAAGAUUUUAUCUAUGACAAAAUGAUAUUUUUAUCAUAUGUUGACAGGUAAGCCCAGAUUUUAAUAUGUACAUAAUCAUAUUAUGUAGUUCUCUUUAAUUUCAUUUUUGUUAGAAUUUCUACAUAGAUAUGCAAUAAAAGUUAGAUGAGUGGCAAUGCUUGAAUAUAUAAAAUAAGGAUCAUGCCUGCAAUGAAAUUCUUGCUACAAUUUAUCAUUAUAUGAUUUAUAACUUAGUCUUAAACUUGCUGCAAUGGACUUGUCAUACUAGAAUCUGGUCCUUCAGGAAGGAUGUGAGUGAUUCUUGUUGCAUUGCUCCCUACAGUCUCUAGCUUGUAUUUGAAUGGUUUACUUGUAUAUAUUAAAUGUCUUUCUUAUUUGAUCUUGGAAUAUGUCAUAUUAUUUGUAUAAAUGCAGACUGUCAUAUGCCUUCUUCUUUGUGUACUACAUGAAAUUUUGGCAUCUUAUAUAUAUAUACAUAUAUAUAUUAUGUAACUCAUAUGAAGUAACUUUGUUCUCAUCCUGUUCUCGUCUCAUCAAAUUGAUUUAUCCAAACAACAUAUUAUCUGUAUGAUAAAUGCCUUAAAUUUUGAGUAAAAAAUAUUUUCGGAAACUUUAAAUUUUAUUAUGAUAUAAUAUCUGUGUUUCUUUUCUGUAUAUAAACAAACAAACAAACAUAUUUAGAUACUGUGUUAAAGAAGGUACAUGUCAUGUUUUUGCUGCAUAUUUAUGAUCAAGAGAAAUAAUGUCACACAUGUGUGAAACAGUUGUAACUAUUUCGGUUUCAUAAUUAACUUUAGAAUUUCACCGUCAUUGCUCUGGGUUCUAAAUAAUCCAGCUGUGUUACAGGACUGUGGUAUUUGGUUGCCCUGAUUUGCCUAAAAUUAUUUCAUGAAAGGGCACAGAGGUCUUCCUCUACCACUAAAAGGUCUUUCAGUAAAGUUAAAAAGUAGCCUGGUGAUGUUACAGUAGAACAAGAAAGUGAAACAGUUACAAUUGUGAUACACUAAGGCUAAGAUAGACUUCAGGUGAAAGCCAGUACACACAUAUAAUAUCUGUGAUAGUAAUUGUAUAUUUAUUUACCAACAUUCCAGUGUAUAUUUAUGGAGAAGAUUACAUCUAAUAUUGUAUAUAUGUUUGUAUUAUAGCACCAAAACCUUAAUGUUUUCAUAGGAUAACAUGUCUCAAAUUACAUUUACUAGAGUAUUUGUUAUAAAAUAACAAUUCUUUCCUUGAAUUCUACAAAAAAUUGUCUUUCUUGCUCUGGAGUUAAAUAUAUUUUACCUUACAUUAAAGUCUUAGUUUGUAAAUUUUCUUUAAGCUUAAAAUAUUAAGUCCUUUGGUCUCAUUUUCAAUAUUCAAGACCUAAAUUUAGUAUGUAUUCUGUAAUUUUAAACUAAAGUCUAUCUCUCUGUUGGACACUUUUUGACUUACAUACUUUAAUAUUUGAUUGUCUAAAAAUGAAUAGUUUUGUAUUGUAUCUCCAAAAAUUUCAUAAAUAUAUUGCUGAAAUGGUAAAGAUCAUUAUUUAUAACUGUAUCAAUCAUUCUUCUCUAUCUCUAUGUUUUAUUUUGUCCUUUAAACAUCACCUAUUUUUAUCUUAAAUGUCUCUAUUUGGGUCUUAAAUCUCCGUCAUGGGUAAAUAUAUCCGUCCAUAGUACAAUUUACAUAUCACAAUAAAAAUGAUACUUUACACUAAUUUUUAUGUACCAUAAUGACUUUAUUCUUUUGUACACAAAGUGCUUUUUUUUACUCCACUUUUUUCUCUUGUCUCCGUCCAAAUUUGGUGUCACCUAUUAUUAAUAUGUAUUGAAUAUACGAGAAUUAUACAAGUAUUUUUGAGAGGUUUAUCAAAUGACUGAUUGCAUUAUAUUAUAUGCAGAAUGUUCACUGAAACCUAUAAAAACAAAUUUAUUCUACAGCAGUCUUGAUGUAGGUAUGUCAUGAUUUGUCUUUCUUACAUAGUUAAAGGGAGAAACAGUGAAAACUCUGCCUUUUUAAUCAGAGGGGCAUAAUAUGUUCUCCUGUUUGUUGUCUGUCUAGCUGUCUAGCUAUUAUCUUAGAAUUAAAUUUUCAAGCUAUAUCCUCAAUAGUUCAUAUAAGUACAUUAAAGAUAUAAUUUUUCAAAUAUAGGACAUUUCAUUGUAACAUUUUGCAAUAUCAUUUGUAUGAAAAUUAUAGGAAAUUUGACCAUGACUUUUUGUGACUCUUUGUUCUUUAGUUCUUUCUGAGGACUGGAGCAUUUAAAUUUGUUUUUAUAUCUUUAUAAACGUAUCUUGUUCUUUCAUAGAAAUCCCCAGGUUUUACCAUAGAGAGUACAUAUUAAUAUUGUCUCAAAUGUCUUACAUAAUGUGCCAUGAAGCAGGUUUUGUCGUUUAGUUUAGCUGUUUAUAAUAUAAGAAUGGUCCCUUUGAAUCACAAGAAAUUUGUUAUGGGACAUGGAAAGCUGUUUGUAAAUGUAAAAGUUAAUUAGUAAUGGUACAGCAUAUUUAAUACAUAAAUGUCAAUACAUUUUAAUGAAUUUAUUAAUGUUAUAAGUUAUGUUUUGUAAAGGAAGCUUCUUAAUGAAAUUGAUCAAUGUAUUCAGUUAUGUUUUGUAAAGAAAGCUUCUUAAUGAAAUUGAUCAAUGUAUUCAGUUAUGUUUUGUAAAGAAAGCUUCUUAAUGAAAUUGAUCAAUGUAUUCAGUUAUGUUUUGUAAAGGAAGCUUCUUAAUGAAAUUGAUCAAUGUAUUCAGUUAUGUUUUGUAAAGAAAGCUUCUUAAUGAAAUUGAUCAAUGUAUUCAGUUAUGUUUUGUAAAGGAAGCUUCUUAAUGAAAUUGAUUAAUGAAUUCAGUCAUGUUUUGUAAAGAAAUUUUUUUUUCUGAAAUUGAUCUGUUAUGAUGUAUAAGAAAGCUUAUUAAUGAAUUUUCCAAUUAUUUAUUCUGUAUCAAAAGAAAACCUUUUGAAAAGUAUGUGUCGAUAAAUCUCAAGGUAAACAAAUUUAUACAUUUUUGAUAAGUACAAAAUGCAAAUUAAUCAUCUAAAUCGAAGAAUCUUUAAUAUAGAAAUCAAUUUUGAUAUCUUGAAAUAGUCAGGGUUAUUUUAGCUGACGAACCUUCCAAAUAUAAUUUUAAAAAUGGAUAGCGUUGAAUUAUUAGAAUGUAAAAUUAUAUAAAAUUGCCAAGAGUGUAUACACAUGUUAUUUAUGUAUUUAUUGUUCUGCAAGUUCUUAAGCUAUCUGCUUAUUUUCUUAGCUUAUAAAGAGAUAUUCUUUAUACAUAUGUAUAUUUAGGCAUUACUUUUUCCCCCAUGAAUGAUUCUCAUUGUUGGGAGAUGAUAUAUAAUUGUUAUGUUUAAAAAUAUUAAUGAACCUAUAUUUAUGUUAGUGAAAAACGUUAUACUUGUUAGUGAUUAGACUAGAUAAUUAUAUAAAAUUUGUUAGUGAAUUAUGUAUAUAUCUACUAUAUUUACAUAUGUAUAUAAAACAUGUUGAUCCGUUAAUUUAGAGUGCUUGCAAUAUUUUUGAAUCCCAGUUUGUGAGUUAAGUGUUGUCAUGUAUUUUAAGUUUCAAGAGGGUCCAAGCAAUGCCCAUCAUAUCAAACACAGUAUAUGUAUUGAGGUAUACAGCAUGGACUCUUUGUUUAAUUGUGAUAUAAGGCAAUAAAAUGAAAUGGCCACCUUAUAAAAAGUAGUUCAGAGGUUUUAAAGAAUGAUUAUUUGAUAAGUUUGCAAAAAAAUCCACCUUUAUGCCACAAUAUCCUUAUAUACAAUAUAGUCAUUUUUGUUUAAUUCUAAUUUGAAGGCUUUGGGUUUUCUUAAAAUCCUUGAUUAAUCUUUGAUUAAACAAAAUUUUACUUUAUCAAAUAUUAAAAUUGUUGAUGUUUGAUCAGACAUUGAAAUCCUUGAUGGAACAUUAAAAUCUUUGGUCAAACAUUGAAAUCUUAGAUGGAACAUAAAAAUCAUUGGUCUUAUAUUGAAAUCCUUGAUGGAACAUUGAAAUCCUUGAUGGAACAUUAUAUUUCUUGGUCAAACAUUGAUUUUCUGUGAUGGAACAUUAAAUUCCUUGAUCAAAUAUGGAACAUGAAAUUCCCUGAUCAAACAAUAAAAUAUGUGAUGGAAUAUGCAAAUUCUUUAUUUGACAUAAAGUUUUAAAGAAAUAUAGAUGGCCCCGGGAUCAUACAAUGAUAAGAUGUAAAUGUUCUUUUAACCCAUAGCCGUCUUGUAAGUAGCCUUUGCCACUAGUAUAGAGUCAGGCCAGCCUGUACAUCUAUACAGUCUGACCUACAGGCUCUUUAUUGUUGUUAGCUUUAUUUUUGUACGUUCAUUUUGAAAUUCCUUAAAACAUAGUAUGAACUAUUCCAAAUUCAAGGCAGGACAGAUUCAUUACAUAAGUUAGGCAGGUUAAGGGUGAAAUAAUAUGCUGUUAAUAUUCAUUCAUAUUCAUGAUAAUCAUAAUUAUUGUUGUUUCACUGAAUAUCACAUUGUUUAUGUAUUAUAAUUCAUUUCCUUAUAUAACAAUACAUGAAAAUUUUGUUGCAAUUCUCCAUUUUAUCAAAUCAAAAUGACAAAAGCUGAGUAUUUUGAAAUGUAUUUUAUAUUUUACACUUUCUUCACUCAUUUAUUUUCACUUAUUUUUUUUUUUAAAUCCUAAUACAUCAUUACAUGACAAAAUUAUUGCAUAAAGAUCAAUUCAUUUUUAUUUUUUGGAGAGUAAUCUAUUCCAGUUAUGUCUCCCAUAUGAUGCACGCGCUCAAACUUUAAUUCAUUUACUAAAGAUUGACCUUCCUUUUCAAGGUCAUAGGGAUAUUUAUAUAGGAACACUAUCAGUGGAAUUGUUUGAGAUGUGUCUAUUAAUAUUUAAAGAAAGAGUUUUUAUCUAUUCUUGUGCAAAUGAUGUGGAAAAUUUUAAAUUGUGAGUACAGUGAGAACAGGGUUAUGAGAAAUGUGACCUAAGUUAGAAAAGGUCAUCUUGGAACAGAUAACACUUUCAGAAAAUACCAUUUAAUUUGAAGUAUACAUGUAUCAUGUUUUUUAAUCACUGUCUCAUAUUUUUAAUAUAACCCGGUUGUAAGGGGAUUAUUCUCAUUUAAAUCACAGGUCACUAGGAGGUCAUUCUCAUAAACAUCAUUUGAUACAGGGCAAUUGAGGGGUGGGGUGGGGUUUGGGGUAUAUAAGCAUUGCCCUUCAAUCCUUGUCCUCAUAAAUAUUGAUUGGUUAUUGAUACCUAGAAGGAACUCCUCAUUAACAGAGUUGAUUUCUUGUGGAAGCUUUUACAUCACCAAAUAAAGGGACAAAUCUCUUUGGAGUUGCAAUUAACAUAACUUGUUCUUGUAACUAUUGGAUGGUCUCAUAACCUUUGCUUGUUUCUAGGAAGUACAACAAUGUAGUUCUGUACUAAGGAGUGGAUCACAUUAAAAUUGCCUAUUAAUAGUGGGGUUGUAUGGAGGGGAUGGGUAUUCAGGGGGUAGUGUAUUUUGUUCAUGUUGCUUGUUUACAGAGAGAGGUUUUCAUUAUCGUUGACUGCUAUUAGGGGAUGGGUUUUAUUAAAAUUACCAAAACAAGCAGGUUUGCUUGUUACUAAAUAUCUGUUCUCAUAACAUGUGACUUUGUUUCUAGAGAGUGUUCUCAUAAACAUCAACUGUAACAACUUGGUGGACCUCAUUAAUGUCAUUUCUAAAUCUCAUAAACAGUACAUGUUACUGAGGGGUGGAUCUCAUUAACUGCAGUUCUAGAGAGAGUGUUACAAAGGUGUGGAUCUCAUAAACGUCACAUGUUAUAAGGGAAGGUGUUUUUGCUAUUCAACUUGUUCAUUGUCACUCUAUAUUAUAGACAUUAGUCAUUCUUGUUUUUAUUUUGAAAUAAAUAUUGUUGCCACAACAA